GCUGUCUACCUGUCCUUUCGCCUUAUCUCUGCUCGCACUAGCCGUUCUUUGGAAGAUAGAGAUGCCCUUCUCUCGUAUGUGCCGAAAAACCUCUCGGUCAACGGACCCUUGAGGUUACCGGCCUCUCUCGCGCGCCUCACCGUCUUAUCCGUUCGGCCGUCCGUCAGACCGUUUGUGCGUCAGUGAGCCGGUCAUGGUCAUGUUGUCGCUAUCUCGGGUGUUUCGGUGCGCGAUGCAGCGCAACCCGUCGCAGAACAUGGUGUACCAUGACCUGGGUAUCAAGGCUGCGCAGUCGCUCGUCACCAUCAAACCCAGGACGUUCAUAGAACUCGGGGAACAAUCGCUCAAGGUGAGAAGGAGAUGAAAGAUAGUUAUUGUCGGGCCGGGCCGGGUCGUAUGUCGCUCCUAUGUACGUGUGUGCGUGUGUCUGUGUGCAGGCGACUAGAGAGUUUCUCUCCGAUCAGCUGGCUGUCAAGUUCGCACGGCGGCUGGUGAGGACGCCAGGGCAGCGGCAACACACUCGCCUUCAGUGCACUAGAUCGCAUCCCCCUGGCUGCAUGUGCUGUGCUGCCCUGCCUUUCUCUCUGUCAGGAUCUUUUCGAGACCCUGCCUGCCCUGAUGCCCUACAUCGACCGGGGCCUCCUCGGCAGUGUGCGGCAGGACUACCUCGACUGGUUCCAGCGCAUUCGCGACCCUGCUGUGGCCAAGGAGCCCGACAACUUCGCCGCCACACUCGACUUCCUGCGCCAUAGGCACCAUGACGCUGUUUCGCGGACUGUCUGGGGUGAGCCAAUUGAGGGAGAGAGAAUGAGAGGGAGGGAAAGAUGCGCGUCUAUGUGUGUGUGUGUGUGCACAGGUGUGCGUGAGAUUCUGCGCAAGAACGGGGAGCGACUUCGGUCGGGCGACAGCGAUGUGGAGGCGUAUGCGGCUGAGGAGCAGCUGCAGCACUUCCUCACCGACCUCUUCAAGAAAUACAUUCGGUUCGAGCUCGUCAUGAACCACUACCUCCUCGCAAGACAGAGCGGCGACAGCACCGCUAUCCUCAACAAGGGUUCGCUCAGGGACACUAUCGGCAUAGCUCUCGACAACUCCACCGGCCUGUGCAGGGUGUGCAGACACACUCAGACAGACGCACAUCACCCACACACACAUCUGUGUGUGUGAUUGGUUCAGACGCGCCGUGGCUUCAGUCCCAAUGUAGAUGUGCAGACGUCGACGCCAGCCGUGCUGACCACGCCCACGCCCCACUUCCGCCGACCCAUCCACUAUGUGACCCAGGUAGGCACCGUACUCACAACACAGGCAGACGACGGCUGCUCCACCCAUUCACCAAUCUGUGCGUGUGUGGGCGUGUGUGUGUGUGCGUGUGUGUGUGCAGGAGUUGUUGAAGAACGCUCUGCGUGCCACGGUGGAGAGCGCGAAGUACAGUGGGAAUGGGCAGGCGUCGUAUCCGUCUGUGAGGCUCGAGUGCGACGCGACGGCCGAGGGGGGGUAUAUGGUGCGGGUAACUGACAGGGGGGACGGCAUCAACAAAGAAGCCAUGGACAAGGUGAGAUGAAUGAAGGAUCCCACACCAAUCCCCACACUCUCUCGUUCGUCCAUCAUCCACCCACCCACUUCGUGUGCGCCUUGUCAUGUCAUGCAUCUCUCAUCACUCAGGUGUGGUCCUUUCUCUACACGACGGCCGAGUUCCCCCCCGACCUGACAUACGAGACGUGGAAGCGCGAGCCCAAGCUGGCGGGAUUCGGUUGCGGCCUGCCGAUCAGCCGGCUGUACGCCAACUUCCUCGGCGGCGACCUGACGCUGGAGUCCACCGAGGGCAAGGGCACGCAGGCGACGCUCACACUCCCCCCUCUCGUCAUUCGGUGACAGCUCAGGGGGUGGGCGGGGUGGGUAUUCUAGGGGGAAGGGAUUGGGCGUUUUUAGUGGUGGCUGACGUCGUGGUGGCAGUGCGGUGCAUGUAGGUAGCCGGCCGUGGCAUAUUGCUCUUACUCCUUUUGUGUGUGUGUGUGCAUACUUGCGUGUGUGGAUGUGUACACAGACAGACAUUGACCGAUGGACUGGCUGAUCUGGCUGACUGAUGGCAAUGGGUUGACUGACUGACGGCAUGGUGGGUGGUGGGGCGGGCGCACAAACAAUGAACAGGGCGAGGGGAGGUCGGGUGAGGUGGGGUCGUUUUGUUG